AUGUCAAAAACUUCAUCAUUUCGAGCGUAUGAUGUAUCAAACGCAGUCAAAGUACAAAACUGGUUCGUCGGUUUCAUUACAAAGCCUUCUGUGGAGCGUUUUUUGAAAAAAGAAGGCGAAUAUUUGGUAUAUGCUGACGAAAAAAGUGGUUGUUUGAAAUUUAUUCUUUGUGUACGAAGCAAAAAAGGAUGUGACCAUUUUACACUUACAAAUGAUGAUAAUGCUAGAUGGAUACUUGAUAUCCAAUCUGACAAAACGUUUGAUACAAUCAUAGAAUUAAUUCAAUAUUAUAAAACCAAUAUGUUACCUACAAAUGCUACAUUUUUGGUCUCUCCAUUUGAAAAACCAAAAUGGUUUCUAAGAAAUGAAAAUGUAACGUAUGACUGUAAAACGGGUAUAAUUGGUACCGGAAAUUUCUCCAGUGUUUACGAAGGAAAAUUAUAUGGUAAAAUAUCGGUAGCACUAAAAGUAAUUCAUAAAUCAACGGGUAUGAUUUGA